UUUAUAGGGUUUUCCAUUACAAAAGUAAGCUAUAAGAUCAAUCGUCCUCCAUUCUUUGAUCUUGCCUGAACUCUCUCUCGCAACACUACUCGCAUAUCCCCAUGUUCCUGCAACAAUUCCAUCAAAACCCUAACACCAAACCUCCCAUUGACCUUACUAGAAUAAGCGCAGGCUCUUUUAACCCCUCUCUUUCUCUGUUCUAAAUCCGAAGUUUCUCCAUUAUGAUUAUCCUUUCCUCUGUAUCUCUGGCUUCAAUCUCUCUCUUUCGGAACAUUCGUGUAUUCGGACCCGGCCUUAAUCCUUUUGCUCCCUACGGCAUGGCAAAUCAUUCUUUUCUCUCUCCGUAACUCCUCUCUCUCUCUAAACAUGUAAUCUCUCACCAAGCAGAAAGUCCCUUUUGAUUCAGUGAAAUCAAGCAUGUAAUCUGUUAUCAAUUAGAAAGCCUAACGUUGUUUCAAGGAAUCAAAGGUUUCAAGGUUUUAAUUCCCAUUUGUGAGGCAAUAUUUGGUUCCUAGGAUUCAUUUUUGAGGAUUUCUAAGGUAUUUGGGCUAAAAAUCUGCCUGCUGUUUAUUAUAUAUAUAUAAAAAAUCUGCUUGCUGUUCAUAUUGGAAAAUAAUGCCUCAAGAUUAUCCAACCACGCUCAAGCGACGACCAUCUUACAGGGGUUUAUUUAAGUGCUCUGUGGAGAGAGAUGAUAGAGGGUGGACCCUUCUUCAUAUUGGUGCACGUAAAGGCAAUCUCAAAGAGGUGAAACGACUUUUAGAUGAAGGCAUGGAUGUCAACGUGACUGCGUGGGGCCCCAAAUCACCAGGGGUAACUCCUCUCCACCUUGCUGCCCAGGGGGGCUACAUCAAAGUGAUGGAUGAAUUACUUGAACGGGGUGCAAACAUUGAUGCCAGAACAAGGGGUGCAUGUGGUUGGACACCUCUGCAUAGCGCUGCAAAGGAGAGAAACAAGGAAGCUGUCAAAUUCUUGGUGGAGAAUGGUGCAUUCUUAGCAGCUGAUAUAAAUGAUAGUAGGUUCAAUCCCCCCUUGCAUUAUUGUCCAGGUUUGGAGUGGGCAUAUGAGGUGAAGAGGAGCCAAGAAGAGAAUCUCUCAGCUGGUGAUGGAUCUUACAGCUCUGAGAGCUGGGCAUACCUGCAUAAUUAUGAUAAACAGUAUUCAUGAAGAUCUGCACUUUAUACUUGCGAGUUAUGACUAAGGCUUCUGAUGAUAGUGAAGGGUAUUGCCCUCGGUAUUAAGUUGAUGCAGAAAGCAAUAAUAAUGUGGUUUUAACUCUGCUCUUCAAUGUGAAGUGUUUUUUGUGGUCUAAUUUGUUCAGUAGAUGCCACAUUAAUACGUUCAUAUGGCAGUCUCCCCAGCAUUGUAUGUGAAAAUAUUUUGAUUAUGAAAGGAUUGUCUUUGAUGCAAGGUCUAUUAAGAAUAAUGUUUAUGCUAAGAUGAGGAGUCUGAAAGGAAAGUCUUUGACGUGCCCAAACAAUGAGGGAAUUGCUGCAAAUACUGGUUAGUACUAGUUUUACUGGUGGCUGUGUCUAGUCGUUUUAUAAGCUUGGGGUUGCCUGUGUGUUUGGAUUAUGGAAAACUGCUGUUGAAGGCUCAAUUUCUUGUUUGGGCUCGACAUCUAUGUAUAGGGUUUUAAAGCCUCUACUUGUUC